GACACGUCGCGGUUGCUGCAAGAGAACACAGGUCUUGAAUGACUUGGUGUAGGCUAACAAAAUAUCCAAGUAAUUACAUUAAAAAUACUUUGUGUACUUGUUAGAGCUAGUUUUUUUUGCCAGUCAAUAUUUUCAACUAUGACACUGACAGUGUUGGCUAGUCAGGUUAGUUGCAACAAACGUACGCUUCUGAAGAACUAUUUUUAAUCGGAAGAGCUCGACUGAGAAAGGGAAACUUCUAGGAUUUUUGUUGCAAUACUUGUGAGUCGGAGUAGCCCUGCGGGAUUAAAGAAUCAUGGCAUCUGAUAUCCUGCUGAUGAGAAGAAUCGCCCGAUUUAAACAAGUGGCAUAUCAAAGACAAAAUAAUCUACGAAUAACGUUAAGUCUUGAGAGGAGGGCCCACGCGGCUCUCGGAGAUCCCAUUUUGAAGUUACAGGGGCCCCGCCAAGACAGAAAUGUUUCGAAGUGUAGAGCUAUUAUGCAAUUGCUCUUUAAAGGAUUGGAUGUUGGCAAAGGAUUUAAAGGUGCUGAGUGUGCCAGAGCUCUUAACAUCCUGAAGGACAAUGCAAAGGGCAGUGGAGUGAGAAGUGUUUAUAAACGUGAAUGUUUGGAGAAACCCACAUUCAUCUUAUUUGGAUGGCAUAAUGCCUCACACCACCCAAUCUAUUUACAAACCUGUUCGUUCCAUGGGGAUUACUCACACCGCAGCCAUGUGAAAGGAGAAGGAACAGAGACAGCUAAAGAAGCAAGGAAAAGUGGUUCCAAAGAGCAUACGCAAGCGCUCAGCAAGUGUGCCAAGGAGCAUAAAGUACCGGUUACAAGGUUAGGACGCUUGGCAAAUUUUGGAGGUCUGGCUGUUAGACUCGGCCUUGGAGCAAUUGCUGAGGUGGCUAAGAAGAGUCUUCAGUCACAAGAGAAAAAAGGCAAUAAGAAAGCUGUCCUUGACUCCAACCCUUUUGUCUCUGAGGCUAAUGCUGAAAGAAUCGUUCGGACUUUGUGCAAAGUGAGAGGAGCUGCUCUUAAACUUGGUCAAAUGCUGAGUAUGCAAGAUGAUGCCUUCAUUAAUCCCCAGCUCGCAAAGAUCUUCGACCGGGUUCGCCAGAGUGCUGACUUCAUGCCCACCAAGCAAAUGAUGAAAGUGGUCCGCGAUGACCUGGGCCCAAACUGGCAGGACACGCUGGAGUUCUUUGAGGAGAAACCUUUUGCUGCUGCUUCCAUUGGUCAGGUGCACCUGGCCAGGAUGAAGGAUGGCAGAGAAGUGGCCAUGAAGAUCCAGUACCCAGGAGUGGCCAAAAGUAUCAAGAGUGAUGUCAGAAACUUAAUGACUGUCCUUAGUAUGAGCAAUGCAUUACCUAAAGGUCUGUUUCCAGAGCACUUGAUAGAUGUUAUGAGCAGAGAACUAGCUCUAGAAUGUGAUUAUAAGAGGGAAGCAGAAUGUGCCAAAAAAUUCCAAAAGUUAUUGAAGGAUCAUCCAUUCUUCUUUGUGCCAAAUGUAGUGGAUGAACUUUGCAGCCAACAUGUACUCACUACAGAGCUGGUGUGUGGGUUCCCUUUGGAUAAGGCGGAAGGCCUCCCACAGGAGCUCAAGAAUGAAAUCUGUGAGCAGAUUUUGAUUCUUUGCUUAAGAGAACUCUUUGAGUUUAGAUAUAUGCAGACUGAUCCAAACUGGUCCAAUUUCUUCUAUAACCCUCAAACACACAAGGUUGCACUGUUGGAUUUUGGAGCCACAAGAGGUUUUGAUGCAAGUUUUACUGAUGUCUACAUUGAGAUCAUCAAGGCUGCAGCAGACAGAAAUAGGGAGGGGGUUUUGCAGCGAUCGAUUGCUAUGAAAUUUCUGACAGGUUAUGAGUCCAAGGCCAUGUUGAAUGCCCAUGUGGAUGCGAUAAUGAUCCUUGGUGAAGCGUUUGCCUCGGAAGAUCCCUUUGACUUUGGCUCUCAGAGCACGACAGAACGCAUCCACCACUUGAUCCCACUCAUGCUGAGACAGCGGCUCACACCCCCCCCAGAAGAGACGUACUCCUUGCACCGCAAGAUGGGAGGCUCCUUCCUCAUCUGUUCGCACCUCAAAGCCAGGCUGUGCUGCAAAAGCAUGUUUAAGGAGGCCUAUGCUCAAUACUGGAGAGGACGAAGAAGAGAAACAUUAGAGUGAACAGCUUAUGAUGGGUGAAAACCCCCAAAACAAACCAAGAUGGUGCUGUUGAGAAGGAUCUUUACUCUCCUCCUGCCAUAUUGUCAGGAGUGACUGAUUGGUGGAUUUAAAUUAUUUCAGCUGACCAGUGAGUUAGAUGUCAGUGCAGAUUUGUGAUGGCUGUGGUGAAUAGAGUAGGCUCAGCUGUUGCAGACAGUUGUUGUAACAGACAGCUGUUAGAGCAGUUACAGAUGAGGUGGACAACGCUGUGCACUGUACAUGAAUGUGACAUGUUGUGCAUCUUUCACCAAUUAUCGCAUUCCAAGAUAAAAUAAAAGGUUAUGAAUUUGCAGAA